UAUGAAAAUUUACCGUCAAAAAAAUAAAGAAAAGAUUGACGAAAAUAACCGAAAAUACCUAGAAAAUAAUAAAGAAAAAAAGAAAGAAUCACAUCGAAUUUACCAACAAAAUAACAAAGAAAAGAUACGAGAAAGUAAGCGAGCUUAUUACCAAAAUAAUAGAGAAAAUUUGAAAGAAUAUGCCAGAAAAUACCGAGAAAAUUAUAGAGAAAAGAGGAAAGAAUCUAAUCGAAAAUAUCGAGAGAAAAUGAAAAAUAAAAAAGAAAACUUAAAAAAUGUUGAUCCAAAAGUAGGGCAUAUUCAUACUGAGAAUAAUGAAGGAACUUCUUUUGUUAAUACACAGAAUGCAGAUUUUAGAAAUAAAGGUAAAUUGCCUAGCGUUUACGAAGAGAGCAUUCAAUUUGAAGAAGGAAGUCUUUUAAAUCGAGAAGGGGAAGAAACAGAAACUCAUAUGGAAGAACAAAAUUAG